AUGUUGUCUCUAAGAUCCACACUUCUCCUCGCACUUCUUCCCCGUGCCUUCGGGCUGGGCAUACUCUUUCCACUCUACUUCUGCGGCGGCGAGGGAGGGAACUGCAACACGACAACCUGUCCCAACUAUAGCUCCCUAUUAUCUGGCAUUCAAGCGCAUCCAAGCGUCACCCUCCACAUGAUCGUCAAUCCCUUCAACGGCCCGCUGUCGACAGCAGUGAUCAACGCGAACUAUACGAACUAUCCGGCGUGCCUCCCACAUCUGAAGACCGCCACUCCCGCCAGUGCUCUCUUGGGCUAUGUCAGCACCAAUCAUAGUCACCGUCACUGCGAGAACAUCACCGCGGACAUCAGAACAUACGCGUCUUGGCCGUCCUCGUACCGUCCCACCGGCAUCUUCUUCGACGAAGCUCCAUCCAACGCGGGAAACGUCUCCCUAUACAAGUAUUAUGCAGGAUUCGCCCGUGGAAUGGGCUUCUCUUUCAUCGUCUUUAACCCCGGCACGAAAGCCGAUUCAGGCUUCUAUGACCCGACUGCGGCGGACAUGGUCGUUACCUACGAAGGUCCUUUGUUCCCUCGGAGAACAUGA